AUGUCUAAAGAAAAUGUAGAAGAAGGAUUGUUACUACAUUACAUAACAUCACGAAUUAUAGUUUUAACCUCACCGGACAAUGGAUCCGAAAACUCUUACCUGGAUUCAUUGCAAACAGCGGUACUAACUGUCAAAGCCAAACAUUUUCUACAUUAUAAAGUAUGGUCAGUGUCAAGGAAGCGAAUUGACAUUAGCCGGCAGUUGAAUGCAGAAGACUGUGGAUGGCCAGUCGGCUUGGUACCCCCUCUAGAUAGACUAUGUGCCAUUUGCAAACAACUCGAACAAUGGCUGCAGCAAGAUCCUGAAAAUGUCGCUAUAGUUCAUUGCAGGGGUGAUAGGAGUCGAGCAGCUAUGAUUGUAUCAGCUUAUAUGCAUUAUAACGCCAUAUGCUCAGAAAAUGAUUCAAUAGAAGAUAGGUUCAGUAUGCAACGAUAUGCUGACGUAUAUAUUGGGGGUUUCUGUCAACCUAGUCUCAAAAGAUAUAUUACAUAUUUCACUAAUUUAUUAUCAGGAAAAACUCGGGUCAAUUCCUCUCCUAUAUACCUUCAUCGUGUGUCAUUAACUUAUUUCCAAGGAAAUAAUUUAUCGCUCAAGAUCUACGAAAGACUUUCCCCAGUUUAUGAAACAUUACCAAAGACAGCUAAAAAGGAAUCCAAAUGGGAUAUUGAAGAUCUUAGUCUACGAGGAGAUGUAUUACUCAAAAUACAGCUACACAAAGACGGUUUCCAAAAAGAUUUGCUCCUUUGUCAAAUUAACACCUGUGCAUUGGGUAUUGCUGAACGUUCAAUAGUUUUAUCAUUUCAUAAAGAAGAGCUGGAUUUGGUUUUUGCAGACCCUUCGGUUGAUAAUCGAUCAGUCUUGGAAUUAAGGCUUUCCCUUGAUCCUGUAGUUAUUAAAUCAACGAAUGCACGUAAAUCUAUUAUGGAUACUAGAAGGAACAGCUAUGAUUAUUUUCCAAAUCCUGAAGACGAAGCGACAAUCACGGCUGAAUAUAGCGAAAUUCGGAAGGACCUUGGUCCACAGGCGAAGAAACAACAGGCCAUCACAGAUCUAGACGGAUAUUCUAUAUCUUUUGAAAACGACGAAAACAAAAUAAGCAACGGGAAAAUGCCGCCACCAGUUCCACCUAAGCCUCGAUCCGCAUCAGCGAUGGAUGACCCCAUUGAAAUGCCAGAGAGAAGGGGAGUUUUACCUGCUCAAGUUAGGCCUGUUGUAGCUCAUAGACCUCCGAGUCCUCGCGCGGCUGGAGGACGCGCAACUCCAAGCAUUGAACCAGAUUUGGUGGGGAAAGAUAGGUACGACAAAGCUUCCAAAUGCUUUUCCUAUGUGUCUGCAAAAGCGCUUAAUGAGGCCUUUGAACGUCCUCGUCGCCCAUCGUUUUCUCGAGCUGUCGAACGAAGAGAAGACGAAGUCAAUAGAGUAGAUCCAGAAGAUAUUCAAAGAGUGGCUGUUCAGUCGUCUGACCUUAUAAGGAAAACGGAAUCUCCUAAGUGGGAUGAUGAAGUGGAAAGAACCAAGAGAGACGCUUUGAUGAACGAACUCGGACGGCUUCCUCCUCGCAGUCACUCAGUAGCUGCUCAACCUUAUUAUAAUCGUAGAGAUGAAGAUGUAGAAGAGAAACCGGUGAUAUUCGAUCAAGCUCAACGAGCAGUAAUGACAACGACCCCUACAUCCACUUUAGCUAGAAACAAAGGGAAAUAUGGUAGUUAUAGAACAUUACACGACGACAAGUACAGUAGCGUUAUGGACGACCUGUGUGAUCCAGAUUUCUAUCUUAAUUAUAAGGCACCCACCAAUUCUGCUCCUCAACCCCCACCUAGACAUGCAGGAGCCAAAAGCGUGGAACUGCCUCGACGCAAGUUGCAACCCGUUGAAAAGUUCACUGAUCCACUUGACGAUAUUUUGAAUUCAUCUGGCCCAGCUCCGGCAACAUCAUGUGUUGAAUUACGUGAUCGAGAUGCGUUCCGGAAUAGAAAUUGUCGAAGUGUGGCAGCAAUUCCAUCGAGGGAUCGCCGACUUUUUGCCGAGAACUAUGAUGCUAUAUCUGAAGCUCAAAACCCCGAUGAUUGGCUCAGCACUAAAUUGAAAAAAGUGAGGAGUAAACGUGAUCUGGACCCAGAUCUUGUUCGUCGCAGAACACAGGAGAAGAUGCUGCUUGAGGAACUAAAAAAUGCUCAUGACGAAAACGAGAACACUAGGCAGCGUCAAGAAAUGGAUUAUACUGUUGAAGGAGCUGGAACAGCUAUCGAUCCAUUAGCCGACUACAAACGUGAAGAAGAACGUUUACGUAAUACUCAUAGUCCUUUCCAAGAUUUUCUGCCAAGACGAGGUCGUGUUCGUGGCAAGCCUCCUACGCCGCCACCGAGAGAACGAAGCAGAAGUCCUGGUCGAAGUGAGCGUGCAACACCGAGCAUAGAUUCACAAUAUAACACCUACAAGCAUCACAAUGGAACUUCCAAUUAUAAUGAUCACGACGACUUUGACUUUUCUACUCUAAGUAGUAUUGUACAGCCAGCGCACAGAACAGAUUCUAGUAGAGAAUCAAGAAGUCUUAAUAGGCAAAAGUCGUAUGGAGCAUCUGAUAGACCUCCGUUUGCAUACCAAGAUUCUACGAUCAAUAGACCAGAUACACCAACGAAAUUUGUAUCUGGGCAGGAAAGAGUUGCGGCUGCUAUUUAUAGAGCUGAAACACCUCAGAGGGAAAUUUAUGCUAGUGGUACUAUAUAUAGACCAGACACCCCGACAAGAUAUUUUCCGGAAAAUAGCUCUUUUGUUCAGAGAAGUCAAACUCCUGCUUUUCCUGUGGCUAGGGAAACUCCUAUUCCUUUCCAUCCACUCCUGUACAACCAAAACGGAAAGAAUGAGUUUGAAAGGUCACAAACUUUAAACAAUAGAGCCGCGUCACCUCGUUCUCAGUAUGGACAGCUCAGUAGAAGAUCAUCUCUUACUUCCGUUGAUACAUCAGAUAUAAUCCAUCACCAUCCUGUUUUCGUGAAGGAUACCUCAAAGUAUUGGUACAAGCCACACAUUUCGAGAGAACAAGCUAUUAAUAUGUUACGUGACAAACAUCCUGGAACUUUUGUUGUUCGCGAUUCCAACAGUUUCCCUGGUGCCUUCGGGCUUGCACUGAAAGUAGCCACUCCUCCUCCUGGUGUAGCGCCCGGAGAUGGAACGGAACUUGUUCGGCAUUUUCUUAUUGAACCGUCGCCUAAGGGAGUAAAACUGAAGGGAUGCAACAAUGAGCCCGUAUUUGGCUCCUUGUCUGCAUUAGUCUAUCAGCAUUCAAUUACACCAUUGGCGUUGCCCACCCGUCUUAUUCUACCUGAGUACGAUCCAGCUACUACACCUGAGCAUGUUUCUGCCACUCAAGCUCUUUUGGAACAAGGAGCAGCCUGUAAUGUCGCAUAUAUUGGAAGUAUUGACGUAGAGUCAUUAACUGGAAGCGAAUGUGUUCGGAGGGCAAUUCUACAAGCUGUUGAAGAUGCUCAGAGCGAACUUACUCGACCUGUCUCCGUUCAUUUCAAGGUUUCCUCGCAAGGAGUUACAUUAACUGAUAACACGAGAAAAGUGUUUUUCCGUCGUCACUUCCCUGUCAAUACAGUUAUUUAUGCCGGCAUGGAUCCUUCAGAAAGACGAUUCAACAACUAUACAGUUAUCGGCUUCUCCGAUAGUUGUGUGCCAAGUGCUCGAAUGUUCGCCUUCGUUGCAAGAAAGCCAUCAUCUUAUGAAAACUCUUGUCAUGUGUUUGCUGAAUUGGAGCAAGAACAACCAGCUAGUGCUGUAGUCAAUUUUAUUAACAAAGUCAUGUUAGCGAACAGGAGGUGA